GCUGAGGAGAACUACUUCCGGUUGCUAAAGAGAGCUAGAGCGGGGUUUGUGCCUUCCUCAGCCCCUCCCCCAGGUUGGCUGUUUUCUCUACUCCUUUGCUUCAACUUCGGCACCCUGCCUCCGUGGCGCACCAUGCCUGUCCAGCCCCUGCCCAAGGAGAUGGAGGCAGAGGGAGAUUCAGCAGCUGACAUGAAUGGCGAAGAAGAGAGCGAGGAUGAGCGCAGCGCCAGCCAGUCAGAAUCAGAAGAGGAGAGUUCAGAGAUGGACGAAGAGGACUGUGAGAGACGUCGCUCGGAGUGCGUGGAUGAGAUGAUGCACUUGGAGAAGGAAUUCUCUGAAAUCAAAGAAAAGCUUUUCAAGGAGCGCCUGAGUCAAGUGAAGAUAAAACUGGAGGAUGUGAUGCUUGGGAAAGCAGCGGAGUAUCUGGACCCCCUGGGGGUCCUACAGAACCACAUGCAGAUCCGGAUCGAAGUGGCCGGGAUCUACAGAAACCUCUGCCUGGAGGUGAUUAAUCACAAACAUCGGUGUGAACUUCAGGGAGCACAGCAGCAUCUGGAGAGCGAAAAGCUGCUGUUGUUCGACACCCUUCAGGAGCACCUCUUGGAAAGGAUCCAGCGCUUGGAAGAUGAUAGGCACAGUGUGGGCCUGACCUCAGAAUGGUGGGAUGACAAACUUCGACCAAAGCACAGCACGAAGGAAUGGGACCCUCUCCGGCCUGGCAAGAGGAAGAAGCCGCCAUUGGUAUCUGGCCCGUACAUUGUCUACAUGUUGCACGAUAUUGACAUCAUGGAGGACUGGACGGCCAUCAAAAAGGCUAAAGCCGCAGCGUCCCCCCCGAAGAGGAAGAUAGAAGGCUCAGUGAAGGCGGAGAAGCUGCCGUCCCCGGCCCUGUUCUCGGCUCACUGUGAAGACGGCCACCUCCACUACGAAAGUGAGGUCUACAUCAAAGGGCAGAGCAUCUCCUUGCAGGUUGGGGAGGAGGCGCCCAUCCAGGCUGUGAUCACAGCCAUCAGCACUGGAGAAGUCUGGCUCCGCAGGGAAGACGGCAGCAAAACCAAGAUCUACGUGUCCCAGCUCCAGAAGGGUAAAUACUCCGUGCACAAAGCCUAGCACCCAAUCGGGCUGUGGACUUGCGCUUUCCCCCUUCUUUCUCCUGGAACCAGUGAGGCGUUUCCGAGGAAACCAAAGGAUCCUGAAGCAGCAAGAUGCUCUUCCCUGUGCCUGUCCAAG